GACUCCGCUCCCGGCUCCGAAAGCAAGUAGUAAUUCAUGCGUCGUUGGUGUCUUCUGUAGAGCGGCCUGAAGAGGAAAAUAGGGUCUUCUCCCUGGGUGGCGGGUGUUCUGCAGCAGGAAUGUUUAUCAGCUGAUCGGAAGAAAACUAAGCCUCAGCCGUCUCUGAGGUUCUGCUGCUACCUUAGUGAAUAUCAUGAGAGAAGGUGGAGAAAGAACUCUAGUAACUGAAUGGUAAAGACUGGAAAGAUGAGCCUUUAAACAGAAAGGUCAGAGCGUCUAACAUCAGGAGGAGGAGAAGGACUUAAAACCUACCUAGUUGCUGGGGAGAUGGUUGUGAUGUCACAAAGAAAGGACUUUGAUUGCAGGUGAGAAGGAUGAGCUCAUAUGCGGAUAUCUGCAGCUCCAAGCAAGCGCAGAGCGGCACGGAGGGAAGAUAUCAACGCUAUGGAGUUCGAUCCUAUCUGCAUCAAUUUUAUGAGGACUGCACAGCUUCAAUUUGGGAGCAUGAGAAUGAUUUUCAGAUCCAGAGAUCACCUAGCAGGUGGAGCUCUGCAUUCUGGAAGGUCGGACUCAUCUCUGGGGUGGUUUUUAUGCUGAUCGGGUUAACAGUUCUUGUAGUAGGUUUUCUUGUGCCACCGAAAAUCGAAGCCUUGGAGGAAGAAGAUUUUGUUGUUGUGGAUAACCAUGCCAUUCAGUUUAACGGAGCCCUUGAUAUAUGUAAGCUGGCAGGAGCGAUCUUAUUUUGUAUUGGAGGGACCACAAUGGCAGCAUGCCUGUUGAUGUCUGCUUUUGCUAAAAGCUACUCCAAAGAAGAAAAGUAUCUUCAGCAAAGGUUUAAAGAGAGAAUAGCAGACAUAAAAGCCCAUACACACCCAGUCACAAAAGCACCGGCACCAGGAGAAUCAAAGAUUCCUGUCACUUUGUCCGAAGUUCAAAAUGUCCAACCUUUAUCAGAAACCUGACAUUUCCUUUUUUAAUUUAUACAUCAUUUAAUUUGAAAAGGUCAGCCUUUGUGAGCAUAUGAAUUUGUGUUUACAGUACAGCUUCAAGUACUCUGCUCUAAAAGAGGGGAACUGAUUGGAAACCUUAUCUAGCAGAAUUUAAAGGUUGGCAAAUGAGGGAAGUUUAGGUGAUUAGUGCUUUGAAUAAUGUAUUUACAUGUUCAAAUAUAUGAAUUGUGUAAACAAGUGUUCACCUAUGUUGAUCUAGGUCAACCUACCAACACAGCUACAACAACACUGGAGGGAAAAAACGGUUUUUAACUUAUCAAGUUUGUGUCAUUUGAGAAAAAUGGGCAUUCUGAUACCAUUUGUAUCAUGGCCAUCCAAAAUUAUGCUCUGUUUAAAGUUAAUGUGGUGUACUUUUUUUUAGCUAGGGUAGUUUUUAAAAUGUUUAGACUUGGUGUUCUUUCACUUUCCAGUCCUGAUGUGCAUGGGGUACUAUCCUGCCCUCUUCACCCAUGUUGGGAGUCCUGUCAUUUUCAGUAGUCUCCAUACAAACAAGUGUGUACAUGUACACAGUCUGUGUCUCUCACACACAAGAAACCCUGCUGCCCUGAUUUUGGUUAAGGCACAGAUCAGCCAACAGUGUUUCCAUAUGGGAAACAGACAUAAUUUUAGGCCCAAAUUUGCCACCAGUCCACCCGGACCUGGCCCUCUCCCUCUUUUGUAAAAUCACUAUAUUUAUUUAGCAACAAAUGCAAAAUAAGGAAAGCAAGAUUAUGAAACAUCCUAUUUUAAUUAAGAAAAAAAUCCACUUUCCCCACUGGUGGUUUGGUGUGGUGUCCCUCAUCACUAGUCUUUGCCAAAUGUCCUUAAAACUCAUAUAACACAUUUGGCCUUGGUAGGAUGGAAUCAGACUAUGGUUUAAAGCAGUGAUCACCAACCAAUCGAUCGCGCUGGACUGGUCGAUCCCAGAGGAUCUCCCAGUCGAUCGCAAUCUCCAGUGGCAGCGCAGUGUGGCUGCUGAAGACUACCCCGCCCCCACACCACUCCCGGAAGCGGACACUGCAGCCCAGGGGCAGGAGUCUCCCUCCGCAUGCUCUGUGUCUGCCUGCAAGCACUGCCCUCGAGCCAGGAGAGCUGUGGGGGGGCAAGAGAAGGGCAGCAUGCAGAGCCACGUGCCCCCCAUCCUCCCCACCCCAGGGGGCACAGGGGUGCAUUGUCCCCUUCUGGGAGCAGCACGGGGGCGGGAUAGGCAGGGACCCUGCUUCAGCCUUGCUGUGCCCACUGCCAACUGGGAGCCACCAGAGGCAAGUGCUGCCCAGUGGGAGGCUGCACCCCAUCCCUUAGCCCCCUCCCGGAGCCAGCAACCCAUGCCCUCUUCUGGGCCCCAAACCCCCCUUGCACUCCAAACCCCUGACCCAGCCCUGACCUCCCUCCCAGAGCCAGCAUCCUAUACCCUCUCCUGCACCCCACACUCAGCUUCAGCCCGGAGCCCCCUCCUGCACCGAAACUCCCUCCUAGAGUUUGGACUGCUCACCCCUCCUGCACCCCAACCCCCUGCCCCAGGCUUAACCCAGAGCCCCCUCUCACACUGCAAACCCCUCAGCCCCAGCCCAGAGCCCGCAUCCCCUCCUGAACCACAACCCCCUGCCCCAACCCGUGAAGGUGAGUGAGGGUUGGGGAGAGUGAAUGAUGGGAAGGAGGGGAUGGAGUGAGUAGGGUGGGGCCUUGGGGAAGGCUCAGGGUAGAUCCUGAGUUGCCUGUAGAUUCAAAAAGUGAUCUUGAGGGUAAAAAAAGGUUGAAGACCACUGGUUUAAACCGAAAUUCCUAGCCUGCUGUGUCCUGUCUCUACAUAAUCCCAUUAGUUGACCUUAAAGAAUCUAUCUAAAGAAAUUUUAAAAUGUUGCUCUAUUUUUAUAGGUAGUAGAGUAAGCUCUCCUUAAUUGGAAUACAUUUGUCUGGAUGCUUACCUGAAUAUUUGUCCUGUCACUGAAGAAACUUAAUUUUGUUCUCAUAUGAGGCAACUAGCUCAUCCUCUUAAUCUGUGGAUUUAAAUUAAAGAUGUAUAAAGAAUGAUGUGACCUUUGUAUUCUCUGAUAAUACAUUGUACCUUAUAGUUCUGUCUAUUUUUUUGAAUGGAUUCAGUAAAAUUAUAUGAACAAGCCAAACAUGAA